AUGGGAAAUUGUUUGAAGGGCCAAUCAUCAAACAAAUACGCGACCGACGACGAGGAUGAAUGGGAUUUUCCGGCAUCCAAAGGCAACAAUAUGGCCGAAAAAAUCGGAGUCACGGGCGCCAAAACAACGACGGAGGUAAAGAUCAAGAUUACCAAGAAACAAUUAGAAGAGUUGUUGAGAAAAGUGGACAUAAGAGAAUUAAAGGUAGAUCAAGUUUUGACCCAAUUGAUAAACCAUAGUAAUGGCUAUAAAUCAUUUGAGAGAUCUUGGAGACCUGCACUUCAAAGCAUCCCUGAAAUGGAUUGA